ACGAACAUGAUAAUUUAAAGGGCAUAUAUAAGUAAUAACUUAAAGUUUGAAAAUAAUUAAUUUAUAAACUUCUAUUAAUCUGCUAAACCACAAUUAAGCGGUGUCUAUAAUUAUAUAUUUAUAUAAAGUGUAUUAUACACACGUUAAUUAAGCUUUAUUUCAACAAUUUAAAGCCCAAUUGGUAAAAAUAAUACAAAUAAAACCCAAGCUUAAUGCAUAGCAACCGUUGACAACAAUUUUUGAAAAAUCCCCUUUACCAAAAUCGUUUUAAUAUAUAGCUGGGUACGAAAUAAAAUACGGUUGGUCCCAAAACGUUGGUCUUAUCAGGGGCGUGAUUUAUAGUUUUUUGUCAAAAUAAAACAUACUUGUAUAUUUAUAAGCAAUUUAUUGUGAGAAAUUGUAAGUGAUGAAACGAAUAUAUGCGGAAAAUCUAAAGAAACGAAGUAACCUCGUUGCGCGAAGCGUGAUUGGCUGAUUCGCGUUCGCCGCUCUAUACAAUUGUGACGUAACAAAAUCGCGCCGCCAUUUUAGAAAUACUGUAAGAACUUGAAACACAUAGAAAGAUAGAGAAUAAUCAGGAUAUAAAACCGAUCAAGUAAUAAUUUCGAAUAUUAAAAACAUCUAGGUUGGUUAAAUGGAUUCAAAUUUCAGCCGGUUGUUGAAUCUGCCGGUCAACUUAAGCAUGAUGAGCGGGAACGAAUUGGAAGAUGAUGAAUCUUUCAGUGCUUCAGAGUUGCUACACUCCAGUGCUCAGGACGGGAUCAGUAGCUCCCUGGUCAACACAGGCACUAUGCCUGGUCUUGCAGCGGCCGCGGCGUUGGUGACCUCUCGAAAACGACACCAGCCUUACGCGUUCGAACUUAACCCAUCUAUUAGAAAGAGGCAAUACAAUAGACUUCUAAGGAAACUCAAACAAACUAUCCAUGAGUUGUGCACACGGUGUGGACAACAAGCUGUUGUGCUUUGUGUGUCGCCUGGAAAGGAAAAUGGAGGAUUCAGGGUGAUUGGUUCCUCUCCUCUGGACUCUGUGGUUAAAAACUGCAAGAGUGCGAUCUACCAAGAGUUAGAGCAAGAACUUCAGGAGAAACUUGGUCCAAAACGUGAAAAAACUUCAGAUGUUCUUUGUGACUUACCAGAGCUACUAAUUGAAGGGAUUCCAACACCAGUGGAAAAGAUGAAUCAGGCCCAACUUCGAAUGUUUAUUCCUGAGAUGUUGAAACACGCUACUGGGAGGGGAAAACCCGGAUGGGGGAAAGAAUCGACGAGGCCCGUGUGGUGGCCACUAGAUGUCCCGUGGGCGAACGUGAGACGCGACGUUCGAGCUCCAGAAGUUAAAAUAAGGGUAUCAUGGACACAAGCAUUGCGACAAAUUGUAAAGAAUUGUUAUCGGUUUCAUGCAAGAGAGGACUUAUUAGUUGGAAUGGAAUGUGAGACAGAUGGAAAGAAUGAAACCGGAAGUCCAAGAGAUCGUCAAAACCGUAGCAACUACAACUCACCAUUGAGCCCGCCUACGUUGGUACAAACUGUUCAUAACGCUGAUGGGUCAGUUUCAUUGGUGCAGUUGGAUUCUGGCCAAACAAUCGCCACUAUCACUCAGGACCAAUCAGGAACAGCGGUCGCUACUUUAACUGGCCAGCAGAUGGCGGGAGAGAUUGACAUGGCGAUGGAUGAUAUCGAGCAUGGUGAUUGGUCACUGGGCGAGCAUGACGCAACAAUCGGUGAAGCGUUUAACGUUAUAGCAAGCAGUCAUCAGGAGGUAGUCUCACAGCAGAAGAAUGACCUUUCGUUAACCUUUGACCCGGACCAAGAGAUCAUGCACAAUGUCCCAUUGUCCGAACCCGAUAACGUAACAAUGGCUGAGGAUGAUGAAAGUUCAUCCCUGGUUCAAAUCCCGGUGUCGGUAUAUGAGAAGCUUGCAAGUUCUAUCCAACGUACAAGCAACCACGCUACAGUAUCCAUGUCGCCCAAUGGAACAAUUCAUUUACAAACUUCAAUCAAAGAUUCCAAACCGCUAGACGUCGCCCAAGAGUCGUCGAAAACAAAAAGGCCCGAACGAUGACGUAAGUCUCUGAUAUCGUCCGAAAGUUUACGAUUUUUUCCGAAAGUUGGAGUUUUGUUUAACGCGGUGUCGAGAAACAUUUGAUUGGUAAUCUACUGUGAUGUCAUAGUGUCCAAAGUCUUUCUUUUUCUUCUUCGUUUGUGACGUAACAAGGCGAUUAUUCCGGACAAUAUGGCGCCCAUUGUUUCGCAUAAUGAGUUAAUAAUAUACAGUCUACGACGUCACAUUGCAAAAUCAAUAAGUUCCGUUGAACGAAUCAAUCGUGUGACGUCAUUAUGUUACCAUGACAAAAUGAAAUCAAACCAAAAAAGGCAAAAUUUCAAAUAAUUGUUUAAUUUACACAAAUAAUUGAUUACAACAACAAAAAAAAUCAUUUUUACCCAAAUUUCGGCGAAAAUACGUCAAAAAUUAACAAAAAUAUUACUGUAUUAUAUCUUCAACACAAACAAUGCUUAAAUGUACCUUUCAGUUUUACUUUUCCAUUCACAAAAGCCUAAACUUUCUCAACCGUUCCACCUAACCCUUCGCUGUUGCGUAAUUUUUUCCUGAAUUUUUCGAGCCCUAUUUUCGAUCAACGAAAGCAAAUGGAGGCGGGAGAGUCGUCUCUGCACGGCCUGCAGCUGUGCCUUUUACGUGUCUCAUUAAUAUUUCAUCAUCACCGUUGCCAUGAGCAACAUGACCAACCCCCCACAAAAACUGGGGUUUUCCUACCUUUUCCAUAAACUAGAUAUACAGACUUACAUCUGAUAUACAUCUGAUGUCUAAGCCCGUUUAAAAAUUUCACUUCUUGUUUUCUAUUUUGCGUUUUUCAAUAAACACUAUUUUCAGAUUCAGUUUAAAA